AUGUUCAUCCUUCCUCUGAUCGCCUUCAUCCUGCCUGCUGUGGCCGUCAGCUUCAACCUCACCAUCCUCCACACCAACGACGUCCACGCUCGUAUCGAGCAGACCAACAAGUACAGCGGUCAGUGUUCCCCCGUCAAUGCAGCUGAAGGGAAAUGUUACGGGGGCUUCGCUCGUCUCAAGACUAAGAUCCAGGAGAUAAGGAGUGCCCGAACCAACACUCUUCUGCUCGAUGGUGGAGACCAGUUUAGUGGCACCCUGUGGUUCUACAAGUUCCAGGGAGCCGGAACGGCUACUUUCAUGAACCAUCUAGGAUAUGAUGCCAUGGCCUUGGGGAACCACGAGUUUGACAAGGGGCAGUCUGGUCUCAUCCCUUUUCUCGACGCUGCUAACUUCCCCGUGUUGAGUACAAACAUUCGACUUCUCAACCAAGACUCUCCACUUCGAACAAAGUUCAAAAACAGCCACAUCUUUACAGUGGGAGGAGAGAGGAUAGGGGUCAUUGGAUACACUACACAGGAGACACCCUCAAUAUCUACACCAGGUGAAGACCUCGUGUUCGAGGACGAAGUAGCUACCAUACAGAAAGAGGUGUCGAUGUUGGCGCAGCAGGGCAUCAACAAGAUCAUUGCGGUCGGUCACUCUGGGUUCGAUGUCGACAAGCGGAUCGCAGAGUUCGUGCAGGGAGUUGACGUGAUCGUAGGGGGCCACGACAACACCUUUCUAUAUACAGGACAACAUCCGUCCAAUGAGAAACCGGUAGGAGAGUAUCCCCACGUGGUCACCCAGUCGGGAGGGGCCAAGGCUGUGGUGCAGGACUACGCCUACGGGAAGUAUCUUGGAGAUCUGCAAGUCACCUUUGACCCGGAUGGUGUCAUCACAUCAUGGGGAGGUAACCCAAUCCUACUGGACAACAACACAGCACAAGACGUGUCGACCUUGGCCUUCUUAGCGCCAUUCGCGAAGCAGAUAGACGAGACAGCCUAUGAAAUCGUCGGCAAGUCCCACGUACCUCUACAGGGGCAGAAGGCAAUAUGCAGACUGAGGGAAUGCAAUCUUGGUGAUGUGAUCACAGACAGUAUGGUGAAACAAAACAUCAGGCACUCCGACUCCCUCUACUGGAACAACGUCAGCAUCGCCAUCACCAACGCAGGGGGCAUCAGAUCCUCCAUCCCCAAAGGUGACAUCACCAUCGGACAAGCAGCCACGGUUCUCCCGUUCAGCAACACCAUCGACAUCGUGGAGCUGUACGGACGUCACCUUAAGGCUGUCUUCGAGCACUCGGUGUCUUUCCAUAACACGGACGAAAGAUUCGGCGGCUUCCUACAAGUAGCAGGUUUGAAGAUUGAGUUUGACAUCUCCCGUCCCGUGAGAUCUCGGGUGACUCGACUGCGGGCAGUGUGUACCAGGUGCGAGGUGCCCAUAUACGAGGACGUCCAGCCAAAUCAGAUCUACCAGGUCAUAAUGCCCUCCUUUCUGGCUAAUGGAGGAGACUUUUACGACGUCAUCAACGACAACAAACUCAAGCAUCACCUCAUUGGUGACCUUGACCUCGACGUGUUCGUGGCGUACGUGCAGCAGCAGAGUCCAAUUGUUCAAGGAGAGGAAGAACGCAUGAUGUUCGUCAACUCGCACCCCCCUUGUACCCCUACAGCAGCUGGGAGUUCUCUCCGGGUGGUCGCCAUAGCUCUCUUCCUGCCAGUGAUCUUAUGUCUGUUCAUGACGUCACGCUCGUGA